AUGGAAGAUACAAAUACAAGAGAAAAGAAGAAGAUCAAAGUAUUAUCAAAUCAAUCAACAAAAGCAUCAUCAUUAUUCAAAUUUGUAUUGCACCAAUCAUAUCUUAGAAGAGUGAUAUUCAAUCAUGUCAGUUCUAUUCACAAACAAUUAGAGAUUGAAACUGUUAAAGUAUCAUCACUUUAUACAUUGGUUGAUUAUAUUAGAUAUGGUUUAAAUGAUCUAUUCUUUAAACAUAUUGAUCAACUUUGGUCAUUGAUGUUUCCCGAUGAUGGUAGAUAUAGAAAUGAUCAUAGUCUGAGAUUAACUAGGAUCAUAUCAACAGCAAUUGAUUAUCAUAAUGAUAGAGUAUUGGAAUACUUGUUGAAUAGAAUAAAGUCAGAGAUUGGACCAUUUCAAACAACAUUGAUAAUCAAUUACGAUCACAAUGGUAGUUUGAAAGUAGAAUCUAAAUAUAUCAAAUGUUUUAGUCUAAAGAUGUGUAAUCUAUUGAUAGAUGACAGCGUAUUCAUUGAAUCAAAAGAAUUAUUACAUAGGAUUGCAAAGAGUGUAAUAUUGGUGAUUGGGAAUGUAGAUAUCAUUCGAAACUUUUUCAAGAGAUACAAUCUCUCAAAUCUCAGUAAUCUCUUUCUGUAUAAAGAGUACCAAGAAAAAGGUGGACCUCCAACAAUCAUCAAAGAUUUAUUCAACAAAAAGACUGAUAGCGAGUUGAUAGAACUUUACAAAGCUGUUACAAAUAUCAAUAGAGAGAAACAACCCGGAAUUUAUUUAAAUGGAUAUGCCCAUGACCGGAUUUAUCCCCCAACAUGGAGUUUUGGAGACUCACUGGCAUCUGGAUCAGAAGAGGUUGUUUCGUUAGGCAAUGUCUGUGAUGUUUUCGUUGAGUCGAUUCAUCCAGUAUUUUGCUCUAGUCGUUAUAUCGAUCUCUUUUCAAAAUAUUUAUAUGUCAUUAGAGACAACAACUCUACCAAUAUCAUCCGAUCAACACUUCAACAAUCACCAAAAGGCCAAGAGUACAAAGAAUUGGAUUAUGUACUAAAAUCAAAGUUUUGUCAAUCAGUUAAUCUCGAUUUUGCAGACUCGGUUGCAUCAAUAUUGGACUUGACUGGUGGUGACGGUGAUUUCAAUAUCGAUUUGAUAGAGAGAUUGGUAGCAUACGCAAAUUUCUUCCCCUCACUGUGUCAAUUUCCAAUGGAAUCAGUUCACAGGUAUACACAAGAUGAUUACCCACAUCGUGAUCAAUUCAUAUCGGUGGUUUCAAGAGUACUAGAAGAAUCAGGACAACCUAUUUUCAUCCUUGGAGAGAGUGACAAGUGGAUACUACACCCAACUCUGAUCGAAAAGAUGAUCCAACUACCAAGAUCUUGUUUAGAUUAUGAAGAACUAUACUACUUUUAUCUAUCUAGUGCUGCUAUGACUGCCAACAUGAAGCUAUACAAAAAGAUUUCUAGUGUUUGUACAUUUGAUGAAAAUACUGAUAUGGCAUAUUAUCUUGUCAAAAUCCUUUCAUUGGUGGUCAAUGCAGGUCACUAUCAAUUUGCAACUGAAUUCAUCAACGAAUACAAAGAAGAGUUGAAACUUAUUUCCUCUGAAAAGUUGAAAUGGUCAAUCAGAACUCAAUUUAGAUUAUAUUUUCAUUUAUGCAAGAAUCAGGUCUUACAAGACCAACAACAAGACUAUCUACAACUUGCCAAUCAAAUUUUAAAUCUAGUUCCAACUGAAAAUCAAUUUGAAAUUCUCUAUUAUGCGUCGGAUUUGACCGAUGAUCAAUUCAACACUCUUUGGAAAAGAUUCAAAAAGCAUUCAAAUGUUGGAAAGUGGUUGGCUGGCUCCUCAAAACAAUCCAAACUGUUAAAUUAUGAUCAAACAUUUUUUAAUCAUAUUGAAAGAAUGUAUAAAUUACAUCAACAAGAUCAACUUGACAAAUAUCAAUACAUCAAAUAUCCAAUGAAUCCACCUCCUCUCACAAGAAGAUAUAUUGGAAUUUGGAAUCAAUGUUUACAAAAUUAUUAUUUCAACAACAAAGAUAAUAAUAAUAAUAAUAGAAUAGUAAAGAAUUAUACUCAAAAGGAAUAUGAAAACUUGAUGAAUUUGGCUAUUGAUAUUGGUUUCAUUCCAUUCCAUAAAUAA